AUGCUUGGGGGUCCAGGAGUCCUUCCAGCUCUGCCUGCCACCAUCUGCGGCCUCUUCUUGCUGUCCGCAGCCUGCCUGGGCCCUGGAUGCCAGGCCCUGUGGGUGCAUGGGGGCCCACCAUCUGUGACAGUGAGCUUGGGGGACGAGGCCCGACUCCAGUGCAAGAACAAUGCCACCAGGCCCAAUGUCACCUGGUGGCUCAUCAUCCAGGGCAACCACUCCUAUCCGCCCCAGUUCCUGGGCUCCGGCCAAGGCUCCAAGGGCGAGUGGACCAUUCCAAAAGUGAACAAGAGCCACGGGGGCGUGUACCAGUGCCGAGUGGAAGAUAAUGGACAAUCAAUGUCUUCCUGCGGUACCUACCUGCGUAUUCGAGAGCCACCCCCCAGACCCUUCCUGGACAUGGGAGAGGGCACCAAGAACCGCAUCAUCACAGCCGAGGGCAUCAUCCUGCUGUUCUGUGCUGUGGUGCCGGGGACACUGCUGUUGUUCAGGAAGCGCUGGCAGAAUGAAAGGUUUGGGGUGGACACCCAGGAUGACUACGAAGAUGAAAAUCUUUAUGAAGGCCUGAACAUCGAUGACUGCUCCAUGUAUGAGGACAUCUCCAGGGGCCUCCAGGGUACCUACCAGGACGUGGGCAGCCUCCACAUCGGAGAUGUCCAACUGGAGAAGCCGUGACUCCUCCCUCUGCACAGGAACCCUGCCAGACCUAUCCUGCCUGCUCUGAGCAGCCAACUCCAGCUUCUCUCCUGGAAUGUUCUCUCCUCUUUCCUGGGAGCUUCCUGAGUCAUCUUCCCCCUUGGAGUGUCCCACUCUUCCCUGGAGGCUGCCCUCCCCCACUAACCCAGCCCUCCCCUGUUGCCUUUCCCAGGCUCC